AUGCUUUCUCUACAAGUUCUCCACCAGCCGGGAGCUGUUAUACAUCUCCUGGUUAUGUGCUUAAUUCUGGAGACUGCCUAUGGUCAGGACAAUAGGAACAAUCUAUUUUCAGUAAACAUGGAAAUGUCUCCAAUGGAAAAUGCAGAUGAAUUUAUAGUAGAAAUCACGAUUACAAACAAUGUGGAUAAAUGUAUGGCGGUAAAAGUCAGUACUGAGGACAAUCCAAACAUCGAGUAUCUUUCUGCUCAUGCAGCAUACACUGCUUGCAUAUGUACCACAAACAACUUCUUCUGGAAUAUUCAAGUCUCUGGUAAUGCUGUCCUACAAGGAAAGGCGGAAGUUGUGCCAGCUACGGGCAUAUGUCCUGAAGGUGAGAAAAUAUACCCAGUGACUACCUACAUGAGGACUACUUCACGUGAAAUCUCUGUAACACCAUAA